AUGGCUGCGUCCCUCGCUUCCCGCUCCGGCGCUAACGCCGUGCUGGCGGCUGGGCUCUCCCAGGAGCCCGUGCUGGCUUCCUCCUCGCACUCUGUACUCAAGGUCGAUGGCUUCUGUGGCCUUCGCCAGAACGUGAAUCUCACGGACAGGAAGAACGUCGCGAAGAGGGGACGAAACGUCCAGCGUAGAAGCUCCAACAAUGGCCCCGUGGCGACUCUCAGCGAGAAGGGCGAGUACUUCACCGAGAAGCCUCCCACGCCUAUCCUCGAUACUGUCAACUACCCGAUUCACAUGAAGAAUCUCAGCAUCAGGGAGCUGAAGCAGCUGUCGGAGGAGGUGCGCGCGGAGACGAUCUUCACGGUGUCGAAGACGGGCGGGCAUCUGGGAUCCUCGCUAGGCGUGGUGGAGCUGACCGUGGCGCUGCACCACGUGUUCAACACGCCCGACGACCGCAUCAUCUGGGACGUCGGCCACCAGGCGUACCCGCACAAGAUCCUCACGGGCCGCCGCAGCCGCAUGCACACGCUGCGCCAGACGGGCGGGCUGUCCGGGUUCACGAAGCGCGCGGAGAGCGAGUAUGAUGCGUUCGGCGCCGGGCACAGCUCCACGAGUAUCUCCGCCGGGCUUGGCAUGGCGGUGGGGCGCGAUCUGAAGGGGCGGAAGAACAAUGUGAUUGCAGUCAUCGGUGACGGUGCCAUGACGGCGGGCAUGGUGUAUGAAGCCAUGAACAACGCCGGCUACCUCGACUCCAACAUGAUCGUCAUCCUCAACGACAACAAGCAGGUCUCCCUCCCCACCGCCACCGUUGACGGCCCCGCUCCCCCCGUCGGCGCGCUCAGCAGCGCGCUGAGCAAGCUCCAAUCCUCCAGACCUCUCCGCGAGCUUCGGGAGGUUGCCAAGGGCGUGUCGAAGCAGAUCGGAGGCCCGGUGCAUGAGAUUGCAGCCAAGGUGGAUGAAUACGCUCGGGGGAUGAUCAGCGGGUCGGGCUCAACUCUAUUCGAGGAGCUUGGGCUGUACUAUAUCGGCCCGGUGGACGGGCAUUCAGUCGAGGAUCUUGUGGCUAUAUUGAAGGAGGUUAAGAACACUCAGUCGACCGGGCCUGUGCUUAUCCACGUUGUGACUGAAAAGGGGCGCGGGUACCCGUACGCGGAGCGGGCAGCGGAUAAAUAUCACGGCGUGGUGAAAUUUGACCCGGCGACCGGGCGGCAGCACAAGGGGAAGAGCGCCACCCAGGCUUACACCACCUACUUCGCCGAAGCACUGAUUGCGGAGGCAGAGCAGGAUAAGAAUGUGGUGGCAAUUCACGCCGCCAUGGGUGGUGGAACCGGGCUGAACCUCUUCGCGAAACGCUUCCCGGACCGCUGCUUCGAUGUCGGGAUUGCGGAGCAGCACGCGGUUACCUUUGCGGCGGGCAUGGCUGUCGAGGGGCUGAAGCCCUUCUGUGCCAUCUACUCCUCCUUCCUGCAGCGCGCGUACGACCAAGUCAUGCAUGACGUGGCUCUGCAGAAGCUUCCGGUGCGCUUUGCUGUCGACCGUGCGGGAUUGGUCGGCGCUGACGGGGCGACGCACGCUGGCGCGUAUGACGUGGCGUUCCUGGCGUGCCUCCCCGAGAUGGUGGUGAUGGCGCCCGCUGAUGAGGUCGAGCUCUUCCACAUGGUGGCUACUGCAGCGGCUUAUAACGAGGGCCCCAGUGUGUUCCGGUACCCUCGUGGGAACGGGAUCGGGCUGCCCCUGCCUGCCAACAAUAAGGGCGUGCCGCUCGAGAUCGGCAAGGGAAGGAUCCUGAAGGAGGGGACAGACGUGGCCCUACUCGGCUACGGCACCAUGUCUCUCAACUGCCUGGCGGCCGCCAAGAUGCUGGAGGAGCGGGACAUCUCGGUCACCGUGGCUGACGCGCGCUUCUGCAAGCCGUUGGAUCGCGAUCUGAUCCGCCAGCUCGUGCGCAACCAUGGGGUGCUGGUGGUGGUGGAGGAGGGCUCGGUGGGCGGCUUCUCGGCUCACGUGCAGCACUUCAUGGCGCUAGACGGGCUGUUUGAUGACGGCAAGAUCAAGUUCCGUCCUGUUGUCCUCCCCGACCGCUACAUUGAGCACGGAGCACCCAAGGAUCAAAUCAUCGAGGCAGGGCUGUCUGCCGGCCAGAUUGCAUCCACCGUGUUGAACUUGAUGGGACGUUCUCGGGAUGCGCUCACUCUCAUGGCUCACUGA